AUGAAGGCGAUUGUGAUUACGGAGCCCGGCGGGCCCGAAGUCCUGCAGCUACGAGAAGUCGAUGAGCCCCAAAUCAAUGACAACGAAGUUUUGAUCAGAAUUGCAGCCACCGCACUCAACCGCGCCGACACACUCCAGAGGAUGGGCAAGUACCCUCCUCCCAAAGGCGACAGCGAGUAUCCUGGCCUCGAGUGCUCCGGCACAGUCGUAGCCGUCGGAAAAGACGUCCACCGCUGGAAGAUCGGCGAUGAGGUUUGUGCUCUUGUUGGUGGAGGGGGAUAUGCCGAGAAAAUUGCGGUGCCUGCUGGGCAAGUUCUUCCCGUUCCGGCUGGUGUUUCUAUGAAGGAUGCAGCUAGUUUUCCAGAGGUGGCCUGUACGGUUUGGUCCACUGUGUUUAUGAUGAGCCGAUUAGCUGAAGGAGAGACUUUCCUGAUACAUGGGGGCUCCAGUGGAAUUGGUACUUUUGCUAUUCAGCUUGCUAAAUACCAUGGCAUCAGAGUUUUCGUCACUGCAGGAAGUGAAGAAAAACUAGCUGCCUGCAAGGACCUUGGAGCUGAUGUUUGCAUCAAUUACAAGACUGAGGAUUUUGUUUCCCGAGUGAAGGAAGAAACGGGAGGACAAGGUGUUGAUGUCAUACUAGACAACAUCGGUGCAUCAUACUUGAAGAGGAACUUGGAAAGCCUGAAUUUUAACGGGAGACUUUUCAUAAUUGGGUUUAUGGGUGGGUCAGUGACUGAAAUAAACCUCGCCAGUUUACUAGCACGACGCCUCACAGUCCAGGCUGCCGGCCUGAGGAGUAGAAGUACAGAAAACAAGGCUCAGAUUGUGAGUGAAGUGGAGAAAAACGUGUGGCCGGCAAUUGCGGCAGGCAAGGUCAAACCAGUCAUUUACAAGUCUGUUCCAUUAGAAGACGCUGCAGAAGCUCAUCGGCUCAUGGAAAGCAGCAAGCAUAUAGGAAAAAUUAUCCUUAGCGUUUAA